AUGGCUUCCCAGGAAGACUAUCGAACGGAUGUUGACCGCUUCAGGGAGGUCUGCAAACGGUUUGCAGAUUUAGGUGCCUCCUAUAAGUUUAGCCGGGUUGUGGUGCGGUUUUCUGAAAGCGCAUUUCGGAAAUUGGAUAUGUUGUCAAACUCCCGGCAUUUGGCAAGACACCCGAGAAACUUCACCAAAUUGAAGAUUUCCGAACACCAUCGUCGACUAGGGGAGCAGAAACGCUUGGUCAGCUCUGGCGAAGAUUUCUCUUCCCUGAAACGGGCUAUGCAAGCAUUCAAGUCGCUUCAACAUAUCAAAGUUUUGAAGGUUCAGGAUGAGACGGAACGGGAACUUUUACAAUUCAUCGAGCGACAUGAUAAUCCGCUAGAUCCAUUAGUAUCCUUAGAUUGGAAACCAGCAUGCGCCCAUGCAGUGCGGACUCUCGCAAUAGCUCUUCUCGAAUCUCAGCCCCCUAUUAACCGAUUUUCCGGGCCACAGAUAAAUCCUCAAGCAGCUCUCACGUUGAAACGAGCCCCAAUUGAUAUGGUUUCGGCGCUUGCUGUGAAACUGACUUGUUUGGAAAUCCACUUCGAUGCGAUAAGAUACGUCAAUGCAGAGAUGCGGGAAUUGUCAGAAGUCUUUCAUACUCUAUUUAUGGCAGCCAAAAACAUGGAAGCCGUGCAUAUAGGCUUCCCUUCUCGUAUACCCCUUGAUUUGCGGCUCGAAGAUAUAUUCCACAAUGUAUACUGGGAGAAGCUGCGCGCAUUCGGCAUCCAAGCGUGGCGACUGGACUCGGAGGAGAUUAUCAAGUUCUCCCGCCGUCACCGCCGGACGCUUCGCGGUCUCCGCUUACGAGAUGUUCUUCUCAAAGAAGGAAGUAUGUGGAAAGAUGUCCUUUCCAUGCUGCGCGAGGAGAUGGAGAAUCUGGAAUGGGUCAGCUUGCGACGGAUCGAUUAUUCAAAUGCCUUCGACGAAAAAUGGGCGACCAGUGCUGAUAUAUCGGAUAUCCAAUCGUUCCCCAAUUCUGACAGCGAGGAUGACGACCUAUUUGAUAGGUACGAUGCCGCCGAUAACGCUGACAACGAUGAUUAUGGGAGUAUUGGUGACGAAUCGGACGGUAUGAGCUCGCAUAAUGGCGACAAUGGACCUAGAGCACACCAAAUUGAACUUUCGCCCGAUACGGCUACCUCGUUGAUAUCCCCCUUCGCACGGUGGACAACGCCGUUGACAUCGAUAUCUGUUGAUGAGCUGGAAGAUAAUGGGGUAAAUGUGGAAUACCGACAGAGGAAACUCUGGGAGGAAUGGGUGAUUUCGAACUCGAGAAAUACUGAAUAA